AUGGCACCAAAGAGGAAGAGCAAGAGAGCCGCAGCGCCGCCUCUCCCAGACGAGACACCUCCUUUUUCAGAUGAGCAACCUCCUCUUCCCGACGAGCAACCUCCUCUUCCCGACGAGCAGCCCCCAUUGCCGGACGAGCAGCCCCCUCUCCCUGAUGAGGCUCCUCCGCUGCCGGAUGAACAACCUCCGCUUCCCGAUGAGCAGCCUCCGCUCCCGAAUGAGCAACCGCCGAUCUCUGUUGGAGACGACGCGCAGCCUAUCACCUCACUUGGCGAAGGAGGAGAUAGUGACGACGAAGACGAUGAUGACGAGGAGGACGGAGCCGGGAAAGAGAAGGGCAAAGGGAAAGAGAAGGCGCAUCCAUGGCAGGCCGUAUGGGCACCAGCUAAUAAUGCGUAUUAUUUCUGGAACACGGACACGGGGGAGGUGACAUGGGCAAACCCUGUCGCCCCGCCUUCGGACGCCCCACCACUGCCCAACGAACCACCUCCACUGCCUGCAGGCCCCGCCCCGCCCCGCGCCGGCGGGCUGCCAGAGAUCGAUCCAGGGCUCGCUCAUCUCCUCCCGGCUGAGCAGCGCGACAGCUCAACCUCCGCAAUGUCAGCAGCGAUGGCCGCGCGCAGCGGACGUCUCGGCGCUGAUUCCCACUAUGCGUUCGCGGCGCUCGACGAGUACUCGCGCCAGAAGCGAUUUAACGAGCAUUACUUCGACGUGGAUGGGUGGGAGAAGUCUAAGGCUGCCGAGGCGCGCAAGCGCAAGGCUGACAAGGAGGCUGGGAUCAACCAGGACCGCAAGAUUACCAAGAAGGAUAUGGACCGGUUCCGCGCCAAGAAGGCUGAGCAGAAGGAGCGACGGCAGGCUUGGUUGUACGACUAG